UCCAAUGCGACGCGCGAGCUGGACGACCUGAUGGCUUCACUGUCCGACUUUAAGGUAACGCCGAGCAAAUCGAAUCUGGUGGCGCUGGGACGAGUGCAGGUGCCGGCAAAGAACGGGCAGCACGUGCUCUACCGCCACCCCGACUCGACUGACCUCGACUCGAUGAUCGGCGACCUGGAGUCAGACCUGAACCGGCACGGCGUGGACACCACCACCAAGGGCGACUGUGGCGCCUGCGGCCGGGCGAUCGUCGGUCAGGUGGUGACCGCCAUGGGCAAGAUCUACCACCCGGAGCACUUUACCUGUGCCAAGUGCAACACACAACUGGGCAACCAGAGUUUCUUUGAGCGAGAGGGUUUGGCGUACUGCGAGCAGGACUACCACAAGCUCUUUUCCCCCAAGUGUAACUACUGCAAUCAGGCCAUUCUUGACCGAUGCAUCACCGCCCUCGACAAGACCUGGCAUCCGGAGCACUUCUUCUGCGCCCACUGUGGACAGAACUUUGGCGAUGAUGGCUACCACGAGAAGGCGGGCAAUGCCUACUGUCGGGAGGACUUCUUCAAGCUCUUUGCGCCCAAGUGCUCCGGCUGUGCGCAGCCCAUUGUCGACAAUUACGUGUCGGCGCUGGGCGGCCACUGGCACUCCAACUGCUUCGUCUGCAGGGACUGUCACCUGCCCUUUGACGGCGGCAAUUACUUCGACAUUGAGGGUGAGCCCUUCUGCGAGUCGCACUACCACGACAAGCGCGGCACCCUGUGUGCCACCUGUCGGAAGCCGAUCACCGGUCGGUGCAUCACCGCCAUGUUUCAGAAGUUCCACCCGGAGCACUUUACCUGCGUCUUCUGUCUGAAGCAGCUGAACAAGGGCACCUUCAAGAAGCACCAAGAGAAGCCGUACUGUCACUCCUGCUUCGAUAAGCUCUUUGCCUGA